AUGGAAAAAAAUGCUGUUGGAAUCGAUUUGGGAACGACAUAUUCCUGUGUUGGUGUUUGGAUGAAUAAUAGAGUUGAAAUUAUUGCCAAUGACCAGGGUAAUCGUAAGACGCCUUCAUAUGUCGCAUUCACCAAAACAGGACGUCUUAUCGGUGAUACUGCUAAAAAUCAAGUUAAUAUGAACCCUUAUAAUACACAUUGGCCAUUUAAAGUAAUAGAUAAGAAUGGAAGGCCAUAUAUUCAAGUAGAUUUCAAAAGCGAGAAGAAGGAUUUCACACCUGAGGAAAUUUCUUCUAUGAUCUUGGUAAAGAUGAAGGAAACUGCAGAAGCUUUUCUUGGUACAAGAGUCAUUAAUGCAGUCAUUUCGUCACCAACUUACUUUAAUGAUUCUCAACGUCAAGCUAUAAAAGAUGUCUGUUUGAUUGCUGGUUUAAACGUAAUUCAUAUAUAUAAUGCAUCAUCUUUAGCAGCUAUUGCUUAUGGUUUGGAUAAGAAAACUUGUGGUGAAAAAAACGUACUUAUAUAUGAUUUAGGAGGUGGUACUUUAGAUGAUUCCCUUCUAACUAUCGAAGAAGGAAUUUUUGAAGAAAAAGCCGUCGCUGGAGAUAUACAUCUUGGCGGUGAAGAUUUCGACAACCGACUUGUAAAUCAUUUCAUACAAGAAUUCAUACAUAAAUUUAAAAAAGAUCUUACAACAAAUGCACAUGCUCACUGUCGAUUAAGGACAGCUUGUGAACGCGCAAAACUCUACAAUGGAACCUAUCAAAAAGUACUUCGAGAUUCUAAAGUCGAUAAAAGUCAAAUUCAUGAAAUUGUUCUUGUUGGUGAUUCAUCACGCAUUCCUAAAAUUCAAAAGAUGUUAUCUGAGUUCUUUAAUGGUAAAGAACCAAACAAAUCUGUUAACCUCGAUGAAGUCAUAGCAUAUGGUGCCGCCAUUCAAGCUGCUAUUUUAACUGGUGAUACUUCUGAAAAAACUCAAAAAUUACUUAUUUUAAAUGUCACUGCUUUUUCUCUUGGUGUUGUAACUUCCGGUGGAGUCAUGACACUGUUAAUUAAACGUAAUACUGCAAUACCUACUAAGAAAUCAGAAAUAUUUUCAACACUAUCUGAUAAUCAACUGCGACUACUUAUUCUAGUUUAUGAAGGAGAUAGGGUUCGCAUUAAGAAUAUUUAUUUGCUUGGAAAGUUCGAAUUGACUGAAAUAUCUCCAACACAUAAAGGUGUUUUACAAAUUGAAAUCAUUUUUGAUAUUAAUGCUAACGGUAUAUUAAACGCACGUGUAUCCGCUGUUGAUAAAUCAACUGGAAGAUCGUAUAAGGUAACAAUCACGAAUGACAACGGUCGACUGUCAAAAGAAGAAAUCAUACGUAUGGUUGCUGAAGAAAUGAAAUAUCGUGAAGAUGAUGAGAAAGCUGCACAAGAAAUACAGGCAUGA